AGAUUCCUUGGUCAUGUGCUCCGCUUGCCUGAAAAUGAGCCUGUCAGAGAUUUUGUAAUGUAUGUUCCUACUUAUGGGAGGAAGAAACCGGGAAGACAGCGGACCUUGUUCACCAAUUAUAUUCAUUGUCUUCUGGGGGAUCCUGAUAAUCUGCUAAAUGACAAUCAGCUGUUGGAGAUGGCGCAAGACCGCUAUCAAUGGAGGAAACUUGUGGUCGACUGCUCCGCAGCCGAAGGAUGAUGAUGAGUAAUAACCACGAAAACACGUAGCCGAUUCAACAAUUAGUUUUGACCAGCCUCCUCAA